CCCAUUUGGGGAGAGAUUAAAGACACUGAGGUUGUCUCUUUCUUACUCAUUGGCAGUUACAACCUCGCAGCUACUACAGCCUCAGCCUCCAGCGUGGACACAGAGGAGGGAACAGAAGAUUGUUCUAGUGAGGUACCAAGAAGUCACCAUGUAUGAGGACUGCAAGGAGUCCACUGGGGACUAUUACUUCCUCUGUGACACCGAGGGAGCAUGGGGCAUCGUUCUGGAGUCCCUGGCAGCAGUUGGCAUAGUGGUCACAGUUCUGCUGCUCCUGGCGUUUCUCUUCCUCAUGAGAAGGGUCCAAGACUGCGCCCACUGGAAUGUCCUCCCCACCCAGUUCCUCUUCCUCCUGGGUGUGCUGGGGCUCUUUGGCCUUGCUUUUGCCUUCAUCAUCCAGCUCAAUCAGCAGACUGCCCCCAUCCGCUACUUUCUCUUUGGGGUCCUCUUUGCUCUCUGCUUCUCGUGCCUCUUGGCUCACGCCUCCAACCUGGUGAAGCUGGUCCGGGGUCGAGUCUCCUUCUCUUGGACGACAAUUCUGUGCAUUGCUAUUGGGGUCAGCCUGUUGCAGACCAUCAUCGCCAUUGAGUACGUGACUCUCAUCAUGACCAGGGGUGGCAUGUUUGUGCACAUGACACCCUAUCAGCUCAACGUGGACUUCGUGGUCCUCCUGAUCUACGUCCUCUUCCUGAUGGCCCUCACAUUCUUUGUGUCCAAGACCACCUUCUGCGGCCCUUGUGAGAACUGGAAGCAGCACGGCAGGUUCAUCUUUGUCACCGUGCUCGUCUCCAUCAUCAUCUGGGUGGUGUGGAUCUCCAUGCUCAUGAGGGGCAACACACAGCUCCAACGGCAGCCCCAGUGGGACGACCCCGUCAUCUGCAUCGCCCUGGUCACCAACGCAUGGGUUUUCCUGCUGCUGUACAUCGUCCCAGAGCUGUGCAUUCUCUACCGAUCAUGUCAGCAGGAUUGCCCCCUGCCAAGCAAUGCCUGCCCGCUCCCGACUUACGAACGCAGCUUCAGAGCAGAGACUCAGGAGAUCUCAAGAGCCCGAGACAGUGAUGGCGCUGAGGAGGAUGUAGCAUUAACUGCGUAUGGUAGCCCCCAAUCAGCUAUUGUUGAUGCCACACAGAAAUAUCUCAUUCCAUGGGCUAAAGGAAGCCCCCAGCAAGAUGCAGAAUUAGAAAGUCCACAGAAAACAUGAGUCGUGAAAACCCAGAAGAUCAUCCUGUCACCCCGAUGGGCAAGUGGGAAGCCUUUCUGCCAACAAAGCAUCCUUCCUUCCCUGCCUCCUGCUCCUCUCCAUCCAUCUGGGGCCCUUCAUCAGGACCCUGCCCU